AAAACCUAAAACUCCCUCGCAAUUCCGUGUUCCCGACGGGAUUUUUGAAUUGUCGCAGCGGAAAAUCGACUUUUCGCCUCCCAACGAUUCGUUUUCUUCAUCAAAGAAACCCUAAUUCUCGUUCAGAAAUCGAACUUCGGGACUGAAUAGGAUGUUAAUGGCUGAUUCCGACGUAUCGUCAUCGGUUAUACAUCGCUCGCCGUUAAUACCCAACCCAGUCGAAACCCUAGACGAGUCUUCUUCACCAAUCGCGUCGAUUGGUGCCCAUGCUGUUCAGUCGCUGGCUCUUUCGUCGCCGAAUCGAGAUCGCGAUGACGACGAUCUGGGUUCGCUCUCGACGGAGCCCUCAACGCCGCCUCGGAAUUCAGUUGGGUCUUCCUCUGCUCCGUUGAACGAAACCCUAAUCUUCUCUUCUCCGGUAAGCUCUGAGCGCGGCGAGUGCAAUGAUACUCAAAUCGUGUCGUCAGAGUCUCAGAAUCAACCUGAGGGCAAUGAUAACAACUCGCUACAAAUGAUUGAGAGUACUUCGCAAGCUCAAGACGAAAUCGACGAAAUAUUCAAGGAUCCAUGGACGUCCAAUGGAUACGAAACUGACGAUGACUCUUCAACGGACUGGAACCAGGGCUUGAAGUGGUGGAGGAAACAACCUAGCAAACCCAUGUGGAGAUGCAUGCCAGAACCUAUGAAGAUCGCUGGUGUGGGUGCUGGACUUUGGAAUUUAGGCAACAGCUGUUUCGUUAACUCGGUUUUGCAAUGUCUCACUCACACUGUGCCUCUUAUCGAGAGCCUUUGUUUAUCCAAGUCUCAAGAUCCCUGUAACUGUGGCAAUGUGUUCUGUGUAAGAAAGACUCUUCGAGGUCAUAUCAUUGGUGCACUGACGACUUCAGAAUAUUCAAUUUCUCCGUUGCUUUUCCUCAACAAUCUCUGCUAUUUUUCGCCUGACUUCCGGCGUUACCAACAAGAAGAUGCCCAUGAGUUUCUACAGGCGUUUCUUGAUAAGUUGGAUAGAUGUUGUUUUGAUCCAAGAAGUGACCGUGGCGAUGCCUCUUCUCAAGAUGCUAACAUUGUUCAACAUGUCUUUGGUGGUCGUCUCGUCAGUGGGCUUCGUUGCUGCAGCUGUAACUCUGUUUCUGAGACGUUUGAAGAAUCUCUUGGGUUGAGUUUGGAGAUUGAAGAUGUGGAUGACCUUUCAAGUGCACUGAAUUCGUUUACCCGUGUGGAGAAAUUAGAAGAGCAAUUGACGUGUGAUAACUGUAAUGAACAAGUUUCAAAGGAGAAACAACUCCUGCUCGAUAAGCUGCCAUUAGUUGCCACAUUCCAUCUCAAGAGGUUCAAGAAUAAUGGAUAUUUUAUGGAGAAGAUCUUCAAUGAUGUCCGGGUUCCGUUGGAGAUAGACUUGCAGCCAUAUAUGAGUAGUAACCAGGAAAACGAAGUUGCUACAAAAUAUUAUCUUUAUGCUCUCGUGAAGCAUUAUGGGUCAUUAGUUUACGGUCAUUACGUAUCCUAUGUGAGGUCAGCCCCAACGAUAUGGCAUAGAUUUGACGACAAGCAGGUCACUAGAAUCGAAGAAGAUAGUGUGUUAGCAGACGAUUCAUAUAUUCUUUUCUAUGCAAGAGAAGGGACUCCCUGCUUUUCUACAGCUUAUGAAGAGGUGCAGCCACUGCUUGAAGCUAGCUUACAAUAUUCUUCGCCAAAGUCUGUCCUUGAUCCUACCAACGGGGAGUGUUUAUCUGAAAUUAGCUAUGAGAAUGUCUAUCAAUCCAAGAAACAAGAUGUCAAGACAGACGAAAAUCCUGUUUCCGUCUCUAAUGAGGCAGACGAAGAUGUGUAUCUAUCAAGUGGCGAGGAUUUUCCCAUGGAAGAGCUUUUGGACAUGUCUGAUGAUUCUUAUAAUCCAUGUCUUAAGAAGAAAGAACCAGAUUCCUUUUUAGCCUUUGAAAGAGCUGCCACUGGUCAUGAUGAUUCUGUUCCUCUGCUCAUGGCUCAAAGUCAAGACUCUUCCGAAGGGACUUUCCAGAUUCAACACGAGCAAAUGGAACUUGCAAAGAAUCAAGAAGAAGAAAAAGCUUGCAGGCAGCCAUUAGUAAUAGACCUCUCGAGGAAACCUUUACCUCGUGCUAGACAUUUGGACCAAGCCAUAUCUAGAAUUGGUUCUCCACCCAAAAAACUAAAAACAGCAUGAAAAUGUCUUAGCAUCUGGACACAAAGGAUUGGUGAUGACUUUGAGAUUAGACUAAUCAGGCUUUAAUCGUUUUCGGUUUUGUGGAUAGUAACUAGUUUCUGCUAUCUUUAACAAAAAAAAAAAACUAGUUUCUGCUACUUUGGGUUGACUUGACUUGGUUUAUUAAUAAAAAAAAAGCU